AUGAAUGUUAGCUCCUAUCUUGAUGCUGUAUUGAUUACCUACUCAAAUUACUAUGUAAAUUUCAAAUCAAUUUCAAAACCUAAUUUUGAUCUUAUCUGUAAGCAUAUUGUACCUGAUCGAGUCAUUGGACUGAUACUCUCGAAUGAUGAAGAUACUCCUGGUUUAGCAGAAUUAUUUUUAACAUAUUUUCAAAUCAAUCAAUUCACUCAUCUUCAGUCAUUGACUUUAUUUGAUAUUGGGCCACAUCUAUGGGAAAAUAUUAUACAAAGUAUGGUUGAACUCAAGAACUUACGUUCAUUUUUCUACACUCAACCAAGUCGAAUCAAUUCGUGGAUUUCCGAUAUUACUGGAUUUGAUCUCAACCAACUUGAUAGCCGUUUAUUUAAUAUUUAUGGUCCAAUAUUACCUCAAUUAUGUCGAUUGAAAUUAUCUCAUGGAGAUUUCUUGAAUUCAAUACAAUUUCCUCAACUUCAACAUUUAAUACUCGAACGAUCUUCAGUCGAUAUAGUUAAACAUAUUAGUUCUGUAGCAACUCGACUAAAAUCACUUGAAACUAAAUUUGAACUUGAUGAUUCGACUACACAAUUUCUUUAUCCAUUGACUCAAUUGAAACGACUGGUUCUAGAAAUUGAAGGUUCAAAUAUCUCAAUGAGUCAUCUAGAAGAAAUGAUGUCAAACUUGCCUCGUCUUAAACAUUUGAUAUUAAUUGUUAAUUGUAACUGUGAUGUAGUCAAUGGUCAACGAUGGCAAAUGAUAGUGCAGCAUCUUAUCACAUUUAAUUUCAUGUUUAACCUAUCAGUUUCAUUAGAAUCUCAAGAUCUUGAUUCAUUUCGUACUUCAUUUUGGCUUGAAGAAAAACAUUGUAUUGAACAAGAAAGAAAACCUAAACUUCUCCCACAAUAG